AUAUAUAAAAUAAUUGAAUUAAUAAUAUGCAAAAGCAUUAUCCAUAAUAAUAUGGAUUUACCAGUAAAUGAGGAAAAUCUACAAAAAAUAUUGGAAAAAUUAUCUGAAGAUGAGGUUUCUAUUAAAGAAAAUCUGGACACAAUUCUUAGUCGACAAUGUCAUAUAGAAGCAAAACUACAAAAUAUUGGGAAAGUAUUGCCAAAUGUCAUAGUAAUACAUACAGAAGGAGAAAAGUUUCGUGAUAUGAUUACUCGUACUAAUGAGUUAGCUAAGAACGUUAGUGCCAAAGUAAGACAAUUGGAUUUAGCAAGAAGCAGAGUAUGUGAAUGCCAAAGUAGAGUAAAUGAUAUACUAGAUUUGCAAUUAUGCAGUGAAGGAGUAGCAACUGCACUCCGCAAUGAAGAUUAUGAGCAGGGUGCUGCUCAUGUGCAUCGUUAUUUAGCAAUGGAUCAACAAUUGCUGGAAAGAACAGCUGAGGAUGUAUCAGAAGAUCAUAUUAGUAUCAGUAGUUCUUUGAUCACUUUGCAACAAGCUGCAAUGGAAUUGAGAGCUGUUGUUACACAUAAAUUUGAUGAAGCAGUAAAAUCUGAAGAUUUGGCAUCUGUUGAGAGAUUUUUCAAGAUAUUUCCAUUAUUAGGGAUGCAUUUAGAAGGACUAAAGAAAUUUUGCAGUUACUUGUGUACUAAACUACAAGAGACUUCACAGAAGAAUCUACAUGCAGCACUAGAAAUUAAAAAUAAUGAUAAGAGAGCAGAUGUUAUUUUUGCUGACACUAUGACUCUCUUAUUUGAAGGAAUUGCACGUAUUGUAGAAGUACAUCAACCAAUCAUUGAAACUUAUUAUGGGCCAGGUAGACUUUCAAUGACAAUCUUGAUUUUACAAAAAGAAUGUGAUAGACAGGUCAAGAAGAUUAUUACAGUAUUUACAAAACAUAGAUGUAUAUCUAAAAAUGUACAAAUGGUAAAUGAAUAUUUACGCAAACCAAAUCCUGAAAAAUUUGAUCCUAAAGAGCUUGAUAUCCGUUUGGGAGAAAUUACUAUAAUGCAUUCAAGAGCAGAACUUUAUAUACGUUUCUUGAAAAGAAGGAUUAAGAAUGAUAUAGAGAUCAGUACUACAGAUGAAACACAACGUAUAGAAUUGUUAAAUGAUUUUGAAACAGCUAUGAACAAUUCUGAGUUAGCACAUGGAAUGCAGGAGCUACUCGGCGCUUAUCUCGCAUUAGAAAGAUAUUUCCUGGAGGAGAGCGUGAAUAAGGCUUUGGGAAUGGAUACAUUAGAUCCAGAUCAGCAAACUUCCAGUAUGGUUGAUGAUGUUUUCUUUAUAGUACAGAAAUGCAUACGACGUGCUAUGUCGAGUUGGAGUAUAGAUGGUGUCUGCGCCGUCGUCAAUAUGGCUUGCGGCAUCUUGGAAGGUGAAUUUGCAAACAAAUUGAGAAACAGACUACGUCAAGGUUAUCCAGCAGGUUACUUGGAUCUAGCACAAGCAUACAGCGCUCUUCAAACAAGUAUACAACAUGGUCGUUUGCAAACUUCGGACACGGAAUAUGCUCGCCUUACAUUCUUGGCAUAUUUAAAUAACACUGAUGUAAGCACAGAGUAUGUAGAAACAUUAUGCAAAAGUCUCAGUGCAGAAAUAGAUGCAACAUUUCCCAAUAUGCAAAAGAAGGAUAGAGGGAAAAUCGACAGUUGUUUAACCAGUCUAAAAGCAAUUAUACUGAUUUUACGAGGCAUUGUUGAUUGUGGUCUAGAACAGUUACGUGUUAGUGCUGUAAAACCCAGAGUUACUCCUUGGGUUGAUGCAUUUUUAUCUAUAGAUCAUCAUAUUAAUGAAGAUGAAUUGUUGAGAUAUGAAACAGAUGAGCCAUUUGUACAAACAUUAAUUAUGAACCUAGAAGGUCUACUUCAAGGAUUCAAAGAUAGUUUAACACUCUCCAAUUAUGAUGCACUUAUUGGACUUUUAACUGCAGAAGUUACAGCCCGUUUAGAGAAAGUGGUCUUAAAAUCGACUUUUAAUCGAGCAGGAGGUUUAAUAUUAGAUAAAGAAAUAAGAUCAUUAGCCAGUUAUUUGGCAGCUGCCACAUCAUGGUCAGUGAGAGACAAAUUUGCGCGUUUAACACAGAUUGCUACUAUUCUGAGCAUAGAGAAAGUGGAGGAACUCGUUGAUUAUUGCGGUGCGGAUGCGAUAGCCUGGCGAUUAACACCAUUGGAAGUUCGACGUAUCGCUUCUCUAAGGAUAGAUUUUCGUCCAGAAGACAUUAAGAAAUUAAAAUUGUAACUUUCUUUUGUUAUCUUUUAUUUUUUUUGUAUCAA